CUGGCCAUGGGCUCUCCCCAGCUAGAGCACAGCAGCGCUGCGCCCUGGUCGCGGCGAUGAGCAACUCCGGCAGGAGGAGGAGGAGCCCGAACUCCAUAGCUCCUUCCCCUGUCUCCUGCUCUUCCUCCCCUCCCGGUUCGCAGGAAGCUCAGGCACCGUCACAGCUUCCCAGCUGGAAGUUCUCCCAGGUGCUCGGCGAACUGCCGCUUGCCGCCGCCGCCGCCGGCGGCGGCGGUGCAGGCCACGACAGCGGCACUCUCCAGCUCCAGGACGAUGGUGAUACGGUCUCGGCCAUCGAGUUCGACGGUCAGGGCGAGCACCUGGCCGCCGGCGACCACGCUGGGCGCGUCAUCCUCUUCCGGAGAACCGACGAGAGCGACGAGCCGCCGCCGUCUCGUGCGGAGCUGGAGCGGACGGACUACGCCGCCGCGGCGGCGGCGCCGGCGUACAGCUACAUGGCGGAGUUCCAGAGCCACGAGCAGGAGUUCGACGUGCUGCACAGCUUGGAGAUCGGCGAGAAGGUGAAGAAGCUGAGAUGGUGCGCGCGGCCGAACAGCUCGUCGCUGUGCAUGCUCACCACCAACGACCGCACCGUCAAACUCUGGAAGGUCUCCGAACACAGGUGGAGGAAAGGGGACGGCCAGCCGCGGCGGCGACGGAGCACUCCGGCGUCGCUGUCGGAGAUCGCGCCGCUCGGGGGAGACGAUUCCGGCGUGAGAAAUGGGUACUAUCACGAGUGCGCAAGCAAGAAGGCUAGGAGCUAUCUGUCCCCGGAUUCCACCGAACAUUCUGACAAGGCAGGCGAGGUUGGAGAAGGGUACUCCGCGAAAUGCCGGAGAGUGUUCGCUCGUGCUCAUGAGUACAACAUCAACUCUCUCUCAAACAACUGUGACGGGGAGACGUUCGUGUCGGCCGACGAUCUGAGGAUCAACCUGUGGCACCUGGAGGUGACAGGCCAGUGCUUCAACAUCGUGGACAUGAAGCCCGCGGACAUGGAGGAUCUCGUAGAGGUGAUCACUUCGGCAGAGUUCCACCCGUCGUCGUGCAGCCUCCUCGCCUACGGCAGCUCGAGGGGCUUCGUCCGGCUGGUCGACCUCCGGCGGUCGGCGCUGUGCGACGGCAACGUCAGAAUAUUCCAAGAUCGCGAGAACAGCACGCAGCCUAGGACACUCUUCACUGAGAUCAUCUCUUGCAUCUCCGACGUGAAGUUCACUGGAGAUGGGAAGCAUCUUCUAAGUCGUGACUACAUGAACCUGAAGCUCUGGGACUUGCGCGUCGAGAGCUCCCCUGUUGCAACUUACAAGGUGCAUGAGUUCCUUCGUCCUAAGCUGUCAGAACUGUACAACAACGACAGCAUAUUCGACAGGUUCAGCUGCUGCUGCAGCAAGGGAGGGGACCACUUCGCCACUGGAUCUUACAGUAAUACAUUCAGAGUUUUCUCGCGUGGUGCUGCAAAUCGCAACGGAAUUACGUUGGAAGCUAGCACGAACCCUUACAGGAUACGAUCGUUCGCCCCUGCAAAGAGCUCAGGUCUGCUCAGCAGUUUUGCUCGCGGAAUCCAGAGAAAAGGUCAAGAUGGACCAAGAUCUGACGGCCGGGAGGACACCCAAUGUGACAUGGAAUCAAAGGUGACGCAUCUAGCUUGCCACCCGACAGAAAACUUCCUGGUUUGUGCAGCCAAUUACAGCUUGUACAUGUAUCAUACAUAGUCAUCUGCUCCCUUUCCCAUUUUGUUUGGUGGGAGAUACUGGAUACUGGAGGAAAUAUAGAGGGCAGAAAUUUACUGGACACAUUGAGUGAAAAUACUAUGCAUUAUAUUCGUAUCUUUUGUGCAUUGAGACAUAUUUAUGCGACACU